GGUGUUUCACUUUUCUAAAGUCGAUACCUGUUCUUCUUCGUUUGUCUUUACUCUAAAGUACAGAAGAUUGUCAAAGUCAUGUGAUUUGAAUUGGAGUAGGGGAAUCGAAAUGACAGGACGACUAGGGGUUUUCCUGUAUUUUAUGGUCGUCGUUCUAGUUCAAGCAUCAGAAACUAUGGAACUGGAAUGUAAUCGCUGUGAACCAGGGCACUUCAUGGUGAGUCCUUGUACUGAGGGAUGGCCAAAUUCUACAGUAUGUGAAAUUUGUAAGGAUGGAACCUUUUCACCUACUGACAACAACGACACGUCAUGUAUGAAUUGCCUUGAACCAAAUCACGUCGUUUACUCCGAAGACGACACCCCUGUCGCCUGUCGCUGUGCAAAAGGAUUCCACAAGAGACAUAGCACUUGUCUACGGAAUCCUUUUUGUCGACCAGGAAAGGGGAUACACAAGGGUGGCUGCCAAUCCUGUCCUGAUGGGCAAUUUAGUGACAGAUAUUCCAACAUACAACACUGUCGUCCGUUGACAAAUUGUACCGCUCUUGGCAUGACCACAUCGUUGAUGGGAACUUCCAGAAGAGACACGAUCUGCAUCAAUACAAGUGCUGCUACCGGGAGACCUCGGCACCAUAGGAAAAAUGCAAAGGAGGAGGAAACAGGAAGCGGGAGCCAUGGAGCUCAAAAUGCCGUUUUAAUGAAGUCAGACAGGAGAGUUUUAAAGCAGAGGUGGGAAUCAUCAACUGCGUAUACGUCAACAAAGACAGUUGCUAAAACACCAAAAAACAUUGAAGACGCCACACGCAGAACCACAGUCUCUGAAUCAGCUAUGUACAAAAUUGAUAUGACUGACUACUUAAUCAUCGGCGUGACUGCCAGUGUUUUUAUACUGAUAGUGGUUGUGGUCAGUUUUCACAUUCGUCUUCAGCACAUUGGGAUGAAGUCAAAGGAACUCAAAAGAAAAGUAACCUGCGACGCUGUACAAGAAGAUGGAAAGACAUCAUGCCAUGACUCGGUGAGAAGCCAACUCUUCGAAUGUCCAGAAGUUUCUACAAGUCCAAAAGAGACUGAGGCACGCGCAAAUGAACCACCACCGUACCAUUCACAGGAACUUCAAGUUCAAGCAAUGAACCACUGCAGCAUAGACAGUUCCGAGACUCGUGAUGAGGGUUACCGGUAG